GGGGCGGGAGGUAAGGUUACAGCACCCGAAGCAGUCGCGGCCUCUUCGAAUUUCGCAUGUGGCUGUUAAGGACGUUUACAUUUGAAUUUCCCUGAACAGCCAAGUGUGCGCCGCGGCGCGAACCCGCCCCGGAAACCUCCAGGCCCUUCCCGCCACCCGCCGACUCGGCCCCACUAGGGGUCCCCACGAGGCGGCAGGAGGGCCGGACGGGCCUGGGCAGACGGCCGCAGGCUGGGCGUCCAGGACGCCCCUCCCCACUGCCCUCAGUCUUGUCCGGGCCACGCCCAGCCCAGCGCGCCUAGCCGACGGUUGCCGAAGGGCUCGAUUUUGAAUUUAGAAGCCCGGCCCUCGAGCCUCACGAGCGUGCUCCCGGCCCCCCAUUGGCCGGUGGCGGUCACGUGGGAGUACCGGCGCGAGCCGGCCAUGUUGGGGAGUGCGGCGCUGGGGCCCACGCCACCUCCGCCCCCCGCGGCCCUCCUCCCCUCCGCCUGCCGCUCGUCGCAGCCCGAGAGGAAACAAAGUGCUGCGGGCGGGAGAAUUGGCGGCGGCGGCGCGAGGACCCUGUUCGGCCCUCUCGGUCACCCUCCCUUCUUGUCUUCCUGUUGUGUGUGUGUUCGUAUGUGUAUGUGUGCUUGUUUUCUUAGAGAGGGCAUUUUACUAUUGCUUGACUGAUAAUCCUCCCCCUUGCCUUUGUGCUGCAUCCCCGCUCCUGCCACCCCAGGUGGUUCUCCCUUUCCUCCCCACGGCAGACUCUGCGCGCGAGUGCGGGCCGCCAGUUCCCGCCUUUCCGGCUUCGCUGCCUGCAACGCCCUCCGUGCCCCCACUUCGUUCCUGUGCUGCCCACGGCCUCCCAGCUCCGCUCUCCCCGCCAGCCCCCUCCGCCGAUUGCUCCGCCACCCGCCAUGGCGACAGCGACCCCCGUGCUGCCGCGGACCGGCAGUCGCGCCAGCGCUCCCGCUACGCCACUGAGCCCCACGCGGCUGUCGCGGCUGCAGGAGAAGGAGGAGCUGCGCGAGCUCAAUGAUCGGCUGGCCGUGUACAUCGACAAGGUGCGCAGCCUGGAGACGGAAAACAGCGCGCUGCAGUUGCAGGUGACCGAGCGUGAGGAGGUGCGCGGCCGCGAGCUCACCGGCCUCAAGGCGCUCUACGAGACGGAACUGGCUGACGCGCGACGCGCGCUCGACGACACGGCCCGCGAGCGCGCCAAGCUGCAGAUCGAACUGGGCAAGUUCAAGGCCGAACACGACCAGCUGCUCCUGAAUUAUGCUAAGAAAGAAUCUGAUCUUAAUGGAGCCCAGAUCAAGCUUCGAGAAUAUGAAGCAGCGCUGAAUUCUAAAGAUGCGGCUCUGGCUACUGCACUUGGUGACAAGAAAAGUUUAGAAGGAGAUUUGGAAGAUCUGAAGGAUCAGAUUGCCCAGUUGGAAGCCUCCUUAGCUGCUGCCAAAAAACAGUUAGCUGAUGAAACUUUACUUAAAGUGGAUUUGGAGAAUCGCUGUCAGAGCCUUACUGAGGACUUAGAGUUCCGUAAAAACAUGUAUGAAGAGGAGAUUAAUGAGACCAGAAGGAAGCAUGAAACUCGCUUGGUAGAGGUGGAUUCUGGGCGUCAGAUUGAGUACGAAUAUAAGCUGGCUCAAGCCCUUCAUGAGAUGAGAGAACAACAUGAUGCCCAAGUAAAGCUGUACAAGGAAGAGCUUGAGCAGACUUACCAUGCCAAACUUGAGAAUGCCAGACUGUCCUCAGAGAUGAAUACUUCUUCUGUCAACAGUGCCAGGGAAGAACUGAUGGAAAGUCGUAUGAGAAUUGAGAGCCUUUCAUCUCAGCUUUCUAAUCUACAGAAAGAGUCUAGAGCAUGUUUGGAAAGGAUUCAAGAAUUGGAAGACUUGCUUGCUAAAGAGAGAGACAGCUCUCGUCGCAUGCUGUCUGACAAAGAGAGAGAGAUGGCAGAAAUAAGGGAUCAGAUGCAGCAACAGCUGAAUGAUUAUGAACAACUUCUUGAUGUAAAGUUAGCUCUGGACAUGGAAAUCAGUGCUUACAGGAAACUCCUGGAAGGCGAAGAAGAGCGAUUGAAGCUCUCUCCAAGCCCUUCUUCUCGUGUGACAGUAUCACGAGCCUCCUCAAGUCGCAGUGUUCGUACAACUAGAGGAAAGCGGAAGAGAGUCGAUGUGGAAGAAUCUGAAGCAAGCAGUAGUGUUAGCAUCUCUCAUUCCGCCUCAGCCACUGGCAGUAUUUGCAUUGAAGAGAUAGAUGUUGAUGGGAAAUUUAUCCGCUUGAAGAACACUUCUGAACAGGAUCAACCAAUGGGAGGCUGGGAGAUGAUCAGAAAAAUAGGAGACACAUCGGUCACUUACAAAUAUACCUCAAGAUAUGUGCUGAAGGCAGGCCAGAGUGUUACAAUCUGGGCUGCAAAUGCUGGUGUCACAGCCAGUCCUCCCACCGACCUCAUCUGGAAAAACCAGAACUCUUGGGGCACUGGCGAAGAUGUGAAGGUUAUAUUGAAAAAUUCUCAGGGAGAGGAGGUUGCUCAAAGAAGUACAGUCUUUAAAACAACCAUACCCGAAGAGGAAGAAGAGGAGGAAGAAGCUCCUGAAGCUGUUGUAGAGGAAGAACUUUUUCACCAGCAGGGAACCCCAAGAGCAUCCAACAGAAGCUGUGCAAUUAUGUAAACUUCUCAAGUCAACUGUCUUCCUCAAAAUAAAGAAGUAUGGUAAUCCUUACCUACAUACAGUGCAGAGCCUUCUCGAAGCACAGAGUAUUUUUAUAUUUCCUUUAUGUGAAUUUUUAAGCUGCGAAUCUGAUGGCCUUAAUUUCCUUUUUGACACUGAAAGUUUUGUAAAAGAAAUAUCCAUACACUUUGUUGCAAGAUGUGAAUUAUUGACACUGAACUAACUGUGUACUGUUGUUUGGAAAGGGUCCCUCCAAUUUUUUACAUUUUUUGUAUGUGUGUUUUUUUAAGUUCUUAUGGGGUGGGGGAGGGUGGGAAUAAACCACUGUGUGUCUGGGUUAAUUUGAAGAUUGCUCCAUCUAGAUUAGCAAUCUGCUCUUGAUUAUUCUCUGCUAUAUAUAACGGUGCUGUGAGGGAUGGGAAAGCAGUUUUCAAUAUAUUGAACUUUUGUACUGAAAUUUUUAUAAUAAGCAAUCAAGGUUACAAAAUUUUUUUUAAAUAGAAAAGAGAAAUUUUGUAAGAAGGCAAUAUUAACCUAAUCAUCAUGUAAGCACUCUGGAUGAAGGAUUCCGCAAAACUUUGUUUUAUGGUUACUUCUCUUAGAUUCUUAAUUCAUGAGGGGAACAGAGGGGGAGGGCUGUAAGGGGAGGAGGGAAGGGCUUCUCUGUUAAAAUGCAUUAGUUGUGUUUUUUAAGAUAGUAUAACUUGCUUAUUUCGCAUGUGACAUUAACAAAUAAAAAGCUGUUUUAAUAUUAACCUACUGUCUUUUUGCACCCUUUUUAAAAAGAACAGGGGUUUUGAGGGGAGAAAAAUAUUAUUUCAGUUUGGCUUUUGAUAAAUAAUUUGGCUUCCUGUUUGAACGGGGUUUUUCUUCAAGGCUUUGACAAUGAGCAAGAUAAAUGAACAAAUAAACAAUUUUUGGGAUCUCUUAUUCUUUUCAGUGCUCUAUUGUCAUUAAGAAUAAUGGUAAUAACAAUAAAAACAAUAAUAAUAGCUAAUAUUCAUUGAGCCACAUGCAUUGUGCUCUGUACGUAACAUUUUUUAGCUCAUUAGCGAUAAGACUUUUCAAAAUCUUUUUAAGUUGGAAAGCAAAAUGGGAACCUAGGGAUAGUGGGAGAAGACAGUGCGGAAGGACAUUCCUUUUAAAGGUGAAACAGAAGACAAUAUUUAUUCUAGAAUCUAGUCUUGCUGUCUUUUAAAAUAGGGGGUAGGGAAAGAUUGAUUAAAAGCUGACUUUUAGAGGAUUACCUUUUGAAUAAAAUGAAAUACAGGUGUGGGGUAGCUUUGUUAUGUAUGGUAAUAACUAGGUGUCAUUUGUUGUGGGUCUUGGGGAGUUUUUGUCUUGUGAAUGUUUUAGUUAAAGUGAGUUCAUCUUGCAGAAAGUAGAUAUCUGGACCAUACCUAGGAUGAACAGAUGAUAACAUUUCAGAAGCUAACCCCGAGUCAGUGUUUGCUUUUCUCUUAAAAUAUUCCUGCGGUAAGCUGCACAAAGACUUCUAGCUUUCACUUGAAAAUAACUCACAAAGCCCCAGAAUUACUGUGCUCCACGGAUUUACUGCAUAGUCUGGUGCCAUUGCAGACACAAGAUAAAUGCUGGGUUAGAAAUUCUGUCUGGUGAAGCAGAUAAAAUGAUAACUUCUCAACAAGGAUUUAUCUUCAGAAUGAGGAUGGCAAUGCAGUGUAUGGCCAAACUUGGUUGUGAAACAUUUUGCCACAAGAUGGGGUUCUUGU